AUGACUGAUAAUAAAGACUCAACCGAUGUGAUUUAUAUCGACUCAGAUGAUGAUCUGGAGGUGACACACUAUUCAACUCCUGCAAGCAACCGGGGUCGUGCCCGGUCUCAGAAUGCGACACCAAUUAAAUUAGAGAAUACGCGUACCCUUGCUGGGUCAUCAAGUGCAGUGAAAUCCGAGUAUGUGGAUAGUGACUCAGACGGUUUCAACGAUGGCGAGGCUGCCUACAAGAAUUUCAAGGGCCGCAAAUCUUUGAAGCGCAGGCAGACUGCUGCAGCCACUCGUAAAGCUAAAACGCCCAGAACGGAUGCAGAUUCAAUCGUGGGUCGAGUGAAGGCAGAGCGACCGAAGCCUGUCCAGAAGCGACCCUUGAAGCAAUAUGGCGAGGUUUCCUCUGAAGAUGAACUCCUAGAAAAUGCAUUGCCGGGCUAUCUGAAGACCCGUCGGACCCAAUUCGAUCACAAGAAAGAGCGGUUGCAAGAUCUCGGGCUGAAGUUACCACCGUCCUACGACGAAAUCGAUUUCUCCGAUGAUGAACAACUGCAAAGCCUUCAAGAACGGCCUGUUCUCCUGGAUACUGAACCGAAACAAGAAUACAAGGAUAUUCAACUUCCGUACUCUCUCGGUAUCAUUCCCGCGCCAAUUGCACAGUGGCUCCGCCAGUACCAAGUAGAAGGUACUGCGUUUCUUCACGAGCUCUUCGUGUAUCAAAAGGGCGGUAUUCUCGGAGAUGAUAUGGGUCUCGGCAAGACUAUUCAGGUCAUAGCUUUCUUAACUGCCGCUUAUGGCAAGACAGGAGAUGAAAGAGAUGCCAAGCGCAUGCGAAAAAUGAGGAGAUCUAACGAUAGUGUGUGGUACCCACGUACCCUCAUCGUUUGCCCCGGAACACUGAUUGCCAACUGGAAGGCUGAGUUUACAAGAUGGGGAUGGUGGCAUGUCGAUAUCUACCACGGUGAAAAUAAGGACAUCGCUCUCCAUGCAGCAAAGUCUGGACGGGUGGAAAUUUUGAUCACUACUUACACCACCUACAUGAACAAUAAGGGAUCAAUUAACAUGAUUGAUUGGGACUGCGUCAUCGCGGACGAAUGCCACAAGAUUAAGGAGCGCAAAUCAGAGACUACUCAGUCUAUGAAUGAGAUUAAUGCGCUGUGCCGUAUUGGUCUUACUGGCACUGCUAUUCAAAACAAGUACGAAGAGCUAUGGACUCUUCUUGACUGGACUAACCCUGGGAUGUUGGGUCCAAUCUCCACCUGGAAGGCUCAAAUAUGUGAGCCUUUAAAGAUUGGGCAAUCACACGAUGCAACUUUGAGUGAGCUCAGCAGAGCGCGGAAAACGGCCAAGAAAUUGGUUGAGAAUCUGCUUCCUCAAUUCUUCAUUCGAAGGAUGAAGACACUGAUAGCAGAUCAGCUGCCUAAAAAGAGUGAUCGUGUCGUUUUCUGUCCUCUGACCGAGACCCAGGCCGAAGCUUACGAGAAUUUCCUUGAUAGCGAUAUCGUUGAGUACAUCAAAAACUCUACACAGCCUUGUGACUGUGGCUCGGGAAAGAAAGCUGGGUGGUGUUGCUAUAAACACAUACCAAACAGAGACCCCUCUGCGUGGCAGUCGUAUGUCUUCCCUGCUAUCAAUGUUCUUCAAAAGCUCAGCAACCACCUGGCUAUUCUCAUUCCCCAGGGGGCAGACCCCAAAGAUAAGCAGGUGAAGGACAAAGCCAUGUUAGAGCUUGCACUCCCCACAAAAUGGGAAGAUCUAUACCGCUCACGAGACUCCAUUGUGAAUUAUGCAAACCCUGAGUUUUGCGGGAAGUGGAAGGUUCUUCGGAAGCUGCUGAAAUGGUGGCAUUCCAACGGGGACAAAGUACUCAUCUUCUCACAUAGCGUGCGCCUGUUGAAGAUGUUACAGAUGCUGUUUCAUCAUACGAGUUAUAACGUCAGCUACCUGGAUGGGUCAAUGAGUUACGAUGAGCGCGCAAAGGCUGUUGACCAAUUCAACUCUGACUCGGGGCAAUUCGUUUUCCUGAUUUCAACCAAGGCCGGUGGAGUCGGUCUUAACAUCACAUCAGCCAACAAAGUUGUAGUGGUCGAUCCGAAUUGGAAUCCUUCAUACGACCUGCAAGCCCAAGACCGUGCCUACCGUAUAGGCCAACACCGUGAUGUCGAGGUUUUCCGACUCAUCUCUGCUGGAACAAUCGAAGAGAUUGUCUACGCUCGCCAGAUUUACAAACAACAACAAGCAAAUAUCGGGUACAACGCUAGCUCGGAGCGCCGUUACUUCAAAGGUGUACAAGAAAAGAAAGACCAAAAGGGUGAGAUCUUUGGUCUGCGCAAUUUCUUCGGAUAUCAGAAUGACAACAUCGUUCUGCGCGACAUUGUCAACAGAACCAACGUCGCUGAAAGUCGAGCAGGCGUCCGGGUCAUUGACGUGGAUCUUAAAGCUGAAGAAGAGACCCACGACUUCACAGAGCGACCUAUGAAGUCGGAAGACGAUGCAAUGAGCCAACUAGCUGAAAUGAUAUGUGCGGACCAAGAGGAGAAAUUGAAGCCACCGACCUCAACCAACCUCCCUACGCCCCACAAGCACGAUCCCGUCCAGGCAAUUCUCGCUGGCGCAGGUGUCGAAUACACUCACCUGAACAACGAGGUCAUCGGAUCCUCCCGCGUCGAAGAGGAUUUGAGUCGUCGUGCUAAGCUUGCACCUGAGGAUACCUUAGGUGAUCAGCAGGUGUUCAUGUCCUCUCAACCCAUUUCUGAUAGGGGAAAACAACCUGUGCGGUUCAAAUAUCAUCCUCCCGAGGAGGUAAAGCGACGCCAGUUUUGUAGCAUGGCGAGGCACCUUGGAUAUGCUGAUGCUACGGAGUUUGCGCUUGUUGUUGAGAGUAUGACGCAGGAGCAGAGGAGAGCUUGUCUUGAUACUUGGUAUCGAGAAAGAAGGGAAUUCUUGCUUUCGAAAGAUGAAAAUGAAGUUAAGGACGAAGAAGGCUUUAAGCGUGAGACUCUCGGAGGAUACAUCAAAAACGAGAACGUCAAAAGGGAGAUGAGUAUCAAAGAUGAGGAGGUUUUCCUAUGA